AUGGCAGCUGUUGUGACACAAUCUUCAACUUCAAUUCUUAGCAAGCUCGGCACUAGCAUUGCCGGAGCCGGUGCAAGCUGGCUUUUCACCAAAGGGCUGAACGCAUUGACAGGCGGUAGCGAAACCGACCAAUUAAAAAACGACAUUAACAAGGUUCUUCAAGAAGUGGAUGAGAUCAAUAAAGCAGUACAGAGUCUCUCACAGACACUUCUUUCUGACGUUGUAACAUUGCGAGGAGAUGAGCUGCAGCAGCCCAUAGACGAUAUCAACGCGCUCUACACCGAUAUUGGCCAGAUCAUCAACACUGUUUUGGCUUUGCCAACCACUCUAUCCGCCGCCGAUCGUGCGACUCAAGUUCAGGAUGCUCAGAGUCGUCUCAACUCCCGCCUUACAGAUUGCGCCAAUGAUGUUCCUAAGUAUCUCACAAAGAUCAAUAGCUUCCUGACAGAAAAGGCAUCCGGGGACCAGGUUGGAGAGCCGUUUCUUCAGCAGGUCGCUCAGAAGUGUCUGGAUAAUUCUACGGACUUUCUAAGCUACUAUGGAAAGACAAAGGCAAUUAUCAUCGGGUACUGGGUAGUGGUGGCCAAAGGAAUUGCUCUUCUUCAAAUGGCCUUUGAGAGUCCUGGCGUGAACUAUGUUGAAGGGGCCGAUGCAAUCCAAACGCAGAAAAACAACUUGAGCCAACAAGAUCAAGUCUUUCGAACAACAAUCGGUCAAAACACCAUCGAAAUCGCCGAGCUUGUUCUCAAUUCAGAACAGCCGUGCUACACCGCCAUCUCCUUCGCCAGCAAUGCCGGUUAUGGCGUCGCAUUAUGGAUUUUGUCUAAUCAGUAUGCUCAGGAGAUGUGUGUAGGGUGUCCAGGUACGCCCAUCUCACCAGACGGCGCUGCAGUUGGCCCCACGCUCUGGUGGCUUGAAUCACACCGUGCACUCUUCGACUAUGAACCCAGUGGUAGUUAUGCUCUACAGCUUAGGGAAAACGCAACCAAUAUGCGCUUGGCGAUGACCGGAUCACAAUGGGAAGCUGUUGAAAUUCCGGACUUUGACAAGAAUGACGCGAAUGUCUGGUUCAUUAAGCCCAUCACACCUGGAUCAGAUAGGUACUCUCUACAGUUCCAUAGUCGCUACCAAGGAUUCAGUAACUUUUUGGUUGCCAAGAAAAUGCUGUCAAGUGGAGAUGGUCCUCUUGCGACAGAGGAAGAGGGAGUUGUUGAAUUGAGAUGGGAGGAGACGUUUGAUCCUGAUAGCACAGCGUUUCGCUGGCAGAUCUCUGGUUGGGUUGACCCUCAAUCUACUUAA